AAAUGAGUUUGUAUAAACCUAAGUUUUAUCAUCUCCUUCAAAAAAAAUAAAUAAAUAACCCAUUUUAAUAAAAGAGAGAAGAAAUAAAAAUGGGUAUUAGGUCAUCAUUUUGGUGUGUGUUUUUGGUGUUAGCCCUAGUAGUAGUGUUGCAUGCUAACGCAAGAGAAGUACCAAAACCUAAAAAUGUUGAGAAUGAAAACAAUGAGGUAAUAGUAGAUCCUAAAAAUGGUCCCAGUGGUACGGGUACUAAACUAGUUAAUACAGACACGAACACAAUUGAUCCAACAAAAGAGGCAGCAAAAGGUGUACCAAAGGAGGGUGGUAAUGAUGUGAAUAGUGAUGAGAAAAACUUUAUCUCAUUUGCAGGAGUCGGAGCAGCCGGAGGAAUUGGUGGAGUUGCCGGUGUUAUCCCUAUUGGCGGUUUAGGUGGUUUUGAUAAGGGGUUCGGGGCUAUGCCAUUUGGCGGCCUUGGUGGAAGUGGUGGUGGCCUUGGUGGGCUCGGUUGCGCUGGUGGUGGACUCGGUGGUGCUGGUGGUGGCCUUGGUGGUGCCGGUGGAGGCCUUAGUGGUGGGGGUUGUACUCCUAGUGCUGCAACUAGUGGGGUUGUACCUCAUCCUUGAUGAAUUAGUAGUUUUAUGGAUUUUAUACUUGUAUGUGUUUCUAAAUUAAGGUUGAAUGAAGGUUAUGUUUUGUGGGUUAGUACGUGAGAAUGUUAAGGUUGAGUUGGUGAAAUUGUAGGUUUUUGUUCAAGUUUAUUUCUAAUUGGAAUAUGUGUGUUUUUAAUUCUAUGCAUGCAAUGUACUCUUUGAGUGUAGUGUCUCUUUUGGUGCAUAUGCAUCUUUGAUUUUGUUUCAUGUGAUUUCCAUUUGUGAUCGAUCUUGCAUCAUUGCAUGUAAAUCAAAUACAAUUGGAAUAAAAAGCUUAUUUAGGUUUUUUACUCCA